UCCUCAGCCUCCCUCUUCAUCCUUCCCUCCAUCUCUUCCCAAACAAACGAAGGAGCUCCUUGCCAAUAUAUACAAAUAUCAAUGUCUGUCGUCACUCCCAUUUUCUUCUUCUUUGUUCUUACUUGUAUCUUCCACUCUUCUGAUGCCUCCACAAUUCUGGUGGAUGGAGCUUCCCUGUGGGAGAAUCCCCCUGGUGGUUAUAUGAGGGAUUCCGUUGCACUGCCCCCGCAAGAAUCGGCAAUGUCGCCGGAUAUUUCUCCGACAGAAGCUCCGGCUCCUUUUUCCGGUGCGGAUCCGUCGCCGUCGCGUACAUUUCCGUGGCCAUUCCAGGCGGAAUCGCCGGAGCCUUCGACGGGUAAAGGAGGUACUGGCAUGCCGUUGAUUAACAGCAACCCUGCGGCUCCUCUGCCGAAGGGCGAAGUUGACUCCGCCACCAUACGGCCAACGCCAACCUCCGCCGAUCAACGAGCGGUGAUGGUUGAAAUCCUUCCCUUUCAUGUUGCUCUCCACUCCAUGGCUUUCUUCCUCCCCUUUCUGCUGUAAUAUCAUUGUAAUAUCAGCA